AUGGAAUCGCAGCGACUGGCACUUGUCCGGAAACGACUUCCCAAGAUCCAUUGGGAGCUAAUACAGGUCAUGCUCCACGACCACUUGAUGCGCCGAGGAGAAACCCUAGAAAAUUCCAAGCAGCAAACUUCGACUGCCAACGUUUGGAAUCCAACGACCAAACAGCAUCCGAGAACCUGUAUUGAAAACAGCAAAGCUCGGUGCGCUUGUUCACUUGAGCCCAAAGAAAAACUGCGGGCCGCCGCGGGUUUACUGAUCAUAACAAUCUCAAACUGGGACGAAACUCCUGAAUUUCUCAACCACCAUACAAGUUCCAAACCAUGGGAAAAUCAGGAACACGCGUGGUCUGCGCAAGGCAGUAAGGCCAGAAGGAAGGCCGAUUUUGCAGCAUUCUUUUCACGGUCCCCUGGGACUGGCUCGCAUAAAAGGCUUACCCAAUUGAUGCUGCUAGUGGCGCUUCCGCCAGUCUUGUACAAGCAGUUGAAAGUUUGUCAUCGAGAAUGUGCCCAAGUCCUUCAAUCAGGUCAAGGAAAAUAUUCGAGAAGAUCUAGAGGCGAUGAUGUCGUUUUCGAUGGAAUUGAAGGAUGGCUGGUUCCGAUGCUUCAGAUGACGGCAUAGGCGGCGUUAAAAGAUCACCCGUUUCUCGUAACCCACUCUCAGGGAACAGACACACCACCCACCACCAAGUACCGGUCGUAAAGAUGUCGCUGCAUCCGAUCAAAAUCAAUUCUGUCGCGAGUCACAGAACCCUCGAACCAAGCUUAAUCCGCACGAGCAAAGAGUAUAGCUGUUCCUGGGUAAAUCUAGCGCAAAAUCGAACUGUACAUGCCAAACCUGCCAGAGCAGUACCUUCGCAAAGACAAAGCACCUCAUUACUGCUGCAAUUUGGUGCAAAAAUUAAUUUAACCAACAUAUCCCAAGAAUUCAACUGUAAAACAGGAAUCGGCAGAAUCAGCCCUAUCUGGAUCUAGAAGUCAAAACCUAAUUUCAAGCAGAAACAAGAAGUCCGAGCUCAACACACAGGUAAAAGUAAAGCACCAAUAAGCUUAACUUAUUAUAGUUUUCAAUUUAAGAUCCAACAAAUAUCUAUUACCGGCUAUAUGUAGUUCAAUUAAUGUUUCGUUGAAAAUUUAUGCCCAAGAAUUAUAUCCCAGAAUUAAAUUUGUGGCAGAACAUGAGAAAAUUAUUUGGAAAAUAGAUAAAAAGAA